GCCGCUUCUGUUGUGACUCGGGCAGCCUAUCCCGAGGGUGGGGAGCUGCCGUGGAGCCUGAGCGGAGCGGUACUCCGUAGCGUCACGUGCCGGGGUGGGGGCUAUAAAAUCCCGGAGCCGGGGCGCCGGGCGGGGGACGUGAGGACCAGCCCUCUCCCGGGACCCCUUUGUUCGCAGCCCAGGCGCCGACACCUCCGCGUCCCCCAGGGCUUGACCGCCUGCGUCCGCGCCGCGCCGGGGGCAGAGCUCCGAACCCAGAGGGGAGGGGGCGCCGCGCCGGCCGGGCCCUCCUGCCACCCACCCCUCGCGACAUGUCGCGCUCCUUCUAUGUCGACUCGCUCAUCAUCAAGGACUCCUCCCGGCCGGCGCCCUCACUGCCGGAGCCGCAUCCCGGGCCGGAUUUCUUCAUCCCGCUGGGCGUGCCGUCCCCGCUGGUGAUGUCCGUGUCGGGGCCCGGCUGCCCGUCCCGCAAGAGCGGCGCCUUCUGCGUCUGCCCACUCUGCGUCACUUCGCACCUGCACUCGGCGCGGGGCCCGGCGGGCUCCGGCGGCGGCUCAGGGGCCGCGAGUGUGGGAGCCGGGGGCGGCGGGGCGGCGGGCGGCGCCGGGGACCUACCUCUGCUCAAGAGUCAGUAUUCCUCGGGGCCCGGGGACGCCCCGUUUUGCUCCCGCAUGAGCCACGCGCACCACCACCACCACACGCCGCAACACCACCAUCACCACCACCAGCCCCAGCAGCCGGGUUCCGCUGCUGCAGCGGCGGCGGCAGCGGCGGCCGCGGCGGCCGCGGCGGCCUUGGGACAUCAGCAGCACCACGCACCUGUCUGCGCAGCCACCACCUACAACGUGGCGGACCCGCGGAGAUUCCACUGCCUCACCAUGGGAGGCUCCGACGCCAACCAGGUGCCUAAUGGCAAGAGGAUGAGGACUGCGUUCACUAGCACGCAGCUUCUGGAGCUAGAGCGGGAAUUCUCUUCCAACAUGUACCUGUCUCGACUGCGGAGAAUCGAAAUCGCCACGUACCUGAACCUGUCAGAGAAGCAGGUGAAAAUCUGGUUUCAGAACCGCCGAGUGAAACAUAAGAAGGAAGGGAAGGGCACGCAGAGGAACGGUCAUUCAGGCUGCAAGUGCGUCGGCGGCCAGGCACACUACGCGCGCUCCGAGGAUGAGGACUCCUUGUCGCCGGCCUCCCCCAACGAUGACAAGGAGAUUUCUCCCUUAUGAGGGGAGGCCGCCUUCGUCUCACCACUUGCUCC